CUGGGAGGUGGGGCCAGCCGCUGACUGAUCCAGCCCCUCGGCUGUCUCUGGAGCCUUCAGCCGGGCCUGUCUCCCCAUUUGGGAGAAGAAAGGCAUCGGGGGCCUUUGGGAGGACGCUCCUUCCAGUUUGGAGAGAGAACUUGCCCUUCAUCCCCCUGCCUGGCCCUGCCAGGGUUCAGCUGAGGAAGAUGAAGCUCCAUACAGUCUACCAACAGUUGAAGCCGCGCCCCGAGGAGCAGCUUCCCUCACCUGCUGUGUCCUGGAAACCGGGAGACAAGAAAGUCCGAUGGGUGCUGCUGAUCAUGACACUGACGGCGAUGGGCCUGGGUGCCCUGCUCACCCAGCUGCUGUGGCCCAGGCUGAAGACCCCCCAAGAGAGGACCCAGCCACCCCCCAACUCCGUCUGCGAGGAUCCCUGCCAGAUUGUCCUGGUAGAGAGCAUCCCUGAGGGCCUUACCUUCCCCAAGGGUCCUGUCCACCCUUCCAUCAGCCAGGCGUGGCUAGACCUGAUGGCCGGUGCCCAGCACAGCCUUGACAUCGCCUCUUUCUACUGGACUCUCACCAACAACGACACCCAGACCCAGGAGCCUUCUGCCCAGCAGGGUGAGGAGAUUCUCAGGCAGCUGCAGAGGCUGGCCCCAAGGGGCGUGUCUGUGCGCGUGGCUGUCAGCAAGCCCAGGGGUCCCCAACCCCAGGCUGACCUGCAGAGCCUUCUGAAGAGCGGGGCCCAGGUACGGAUGGUGGACAUGCAGAAACUGACCCAUGGUGUCCUGCAUACCAAGUUCUGGGUGGUGGAUCAAACCCAUAUCUACAUUGGCAGUGCCAACAUGGACUGGCGUUCUCUGACCCAGGUGAAGGAGCUAGGGGUGGUGGUCUACAACUGCAGCUGCCUGGCCCAGGACCUGGCCAAAGUGUUCGAGGCAUACUGGUAUCUGGGCCGGCAGGACAGCAGCAUCCCCUCCCCCUGGCCAGAUAAUUACACCACCCACUACAACCUGGAGACCCCCAUGGAGCUGCAUCUCAAUGGGACCUCUUCCCAGGCCUUCCUCUCGAGCGCUCCCCCGUCGCUGUGCCCUGGGGGCCGCACCCCGGACCUGCGCGCCCUGCUCAGCCUGGUGAAUGAUGCCCGAGACUUUGUCUAUGUUGCUGUUAUGAACUACCUGCCCAUCAUGGAAUAUUCCCACCCUCGAAGGUUCUGGCCAGCCAUCGACGAUGCCCUACGGCGAGCGGCCUUUGAGCGAGGAGUUCGGGUGAGACUUCUGGUCAGCUGCUGGGGCCACUCGGAGCCCGCCUUGCGUCCCUUCCUACUGUCCCUGGCCGCGCUGCAGGACAACCACACCCACUACGACGUGCAGGUGAGGCUCUUCGUGGUCCCCUCCAAUGAGGCCCAGGCGCGAAUCCCUUACGCCCGCGUCAACCACAACAAGUACAUGGUGACGGACCGCGCGGCCUAUGUGGGCACGUCCAACUGGUCUGGCAACUACUUCACACAGACUGCGGGCUCGGCCCUGGUGGUGAAUCAGAGCGAGGCUCCCGGCCUGCGCACGCAACUCGAAGCUGUCUUCCUUCGGGACUGGGCCUCCCCGUACAGCCACGAGCUGGACAGCCCGGGCCUGGCCGAGGGGCACUCCUGCCGCCUGCUGUGAGCGCCCUGUGCCCCAGCUCGCCGUCGCCGGAGGCCACGGUGGGGCCCCCUCGUGUGACGUCUCUUCUGACCUGCCGUCUUGUCCUCCUGCUCCUGCAUUACCCUCUCUCUCCCUGCACCUCGGUCUCUGCCCGUCUCUGAGCGUCUGUCGCCAUCUCUGUCGUCGGUCUUUGUGGCUUCCUGUCUUUUGAGGCUUCUGUCCAGCUUUGUGUGGAUUUCCCUGGUUUCCAUCUUUUUCCCCGUGUCUUUCUCCUGUGUCUCCCUCCCAUCUGUGUCUCUGCCUCAGAAACCUCGGCAGGCUGUUUGACCAGCUGUUCCCAGCAGUGAAGGGCAUGAGCCCGGGCAGAGCCGGGGUGGCAGAACCUGGCCAGGUCCGGCCAGAGGCUCCCCCUCUCCUCCCAGCUCUCCUUGAGGCUGUGGAAUCGGGGGACAGACGGGCCCUCCCUGGGGUGGAGUCCUCUCAUGAUGAAGGGGAGGGGAAGAAAUAGGGCCUUGGAAAGGACCUCCUGGGGGCUGCCCCCUCCCUGCCCCUGAACACCCACUGAAGCUGCAUCUGUAGCCAGGGAUCCCAACCAGAAUAAAGUGUCGAUGAGGCAA